UGCAGUGGCUCGACGUUGAGAAAUAUUUGAUACGUGGACUUCAACACUACACUGAGAAUCAAGCACUAUUUGCAUCUGAUCUGUGAUCGUGAUCGUAUCGUGUCUGUCCAAGGCAUCCGUCGUUGCUCGGCGGGUCUGUUUACAAAACAAACUGCCAGGCGGAAAAAGUCCGGCCUCCGAUCGAUCCUCACAACACUCUUCACACCAUCCGCUAUCCCGACUUCACCAUCCAGCAACAUGGAUAAACGAUCGGCAGAGAGUCCAAUGGACUUUGAAUGGCAGACCAGGGCCCCGGGAGAUGUGACCUCGCCUUUUUACCAGCUCAGCGUGCAGCAUGACAAGAAGCGCCCCCAUAGCACGUUCGAUUCUCCUGAGAAGAAAACAAUGCCAGCUCUACGAGAGCCCAACUCCCAGCCUUUUCUCUUCUCUCGAACCAACUCACAGCAAAUUCCCGCAACUCCUAAACCCUUUCUCAACCACUCCGCGUUCAUGACCCCUCGCAAGUUCGAUGUCGACUUUUCAUCCGGCGCUGAGAACAUGUCGUCUCCGGAACAUGCAGACAACGAGGAUACUCCGGAGCAGCCCAAAUCACACCGAAAUUCGCUUUACAGUAUGUACGGACGGUUUGCGCCCAGCCCGGGCCGUGGCGAAAUCCCUCGAUUGAACCACUACUCCAACGCGUUGGCGCGACGGGUGCAGAAGAGGCGGCGGAGGGAUAAGGCAUUGGAUAUGCAACUACGGAGGGAUAGCGAUGAUGAGAGUGACCGACCGAGCAGCAGCGAGAUCAAGCCAACCAAGCAGAGAAAGAAGGAUCAGGAGGCAGCUCCCACCGGGUCUCGGUUGACUUCUUUCUCGGAUUUCUUUGCUUUGUUGGAGGCACACCCGAACGUCCCCAGCAUUUUGUCGUGGUGGGCGCAGCUGGUGGUGAAUCUGUCGCUGUUCUCGCUGGCAGUAUAUGUGGUCUUUGGGUUUGUGUCGGCGAUCCGGGCGGAAUUCGAGCAGGCGGCAGAGGAAGUGUCGGACACAAUCCUGGCAGAGAUGGCAGCAUGUGCCAAGAGCUACGUCGAUAAUAGAUGCGCCGGGGGCGAUCGACUCCCUGCCCUGGAAACGGUGUGCGAAAACUGGGAGCGCUGCAUGAACCGGGAUCCGGCCAAGGUCGGACGGGCCAAGGUGUCGGCGCACACGAUGGCGGUUAUCAUCAACAGCUUUAUCGAUCCUAUCAGCUGGAAGGCGAUUAUGUUUUUCCUUGCUACGAUAUCGACCGUUACCGUUGUCAGCAACUGGUCCUUCCGUUCGUUCCGAAACCGUCUCAAUCAACACGACUACUCCGCUCCUAGCUAUUCCCGACAGUCCUCCGGACAGCACCCGUCGAUUGCUCCACAAUUUCCCUAUCAGCACAACACGUUUGGAUAUGUGAAUCAAGAGGGAGCGAAGCCGGAGGCACCGUUGAUGCUGGAGCAGUCGCAGACGCGCGAUUUUGUGUCGGAACGGACCCGCGAGCGGGAGUCUCGUCUACGCACACCCAGUCCAUCCAAGCGGAUGAGAUAGUUCUUGGCAGCGGUGUUACAUGUGUUGGUGGGCAAAAGGCUGGAUAGGAGUUGCUGGUUCUGUUCGUGUAUAUACGUAAUGAGUAACAAUGGUAUUGUUGUGUUAACGCGGC